AUGUCCUCCAAUCAUCACCUCACAAAACCCCACAAUCUUGGGUCCCUCUUCCGCCUACCACUCUCACUCUACACCCGGCCCAUUUAUAUACGGCUUCCACCCCUCAAACUCUCAAAGUUCAGCAGAAAACACCCCUCCGACAACCGUCAACCACCGUCUCAUUCAUACAUCAGAACAUCUAUAACACCAUGGAGAUAAGCCAGCUCCGCCACCUUAACCCCAUCUAAAACAAUUAGCUAGCCUCCCAUCGAUAGAGAGAUAAAAGGAAAGAAAGAUAAAUGGAAGAUUUUACCGAUUAUCGUCACGGCAGCAGUGGUGGCCGGAAUAUAAUCUUUGGGAAGUACGAGAUGGGGAGGUUGUUGGGACAAGGGACGUUCGCAAAGGUGUACUAUGCUAAAGAUCUUGUUACUUCCGAAAGUGUAGCGAUUAAAGUCAUCAAGAAAGAUCAAGUUCGAAAAGAAGGUUUAAUGGAGCAGAUCACUCGUGAAAUCUCCAUCAUGCGGCUUGUUCGACACCCAAAUGUCGUUGAAUUAAAAGAAGUUAUGGCGACCAAACGGAAAAUCUUUUUCGUUAUGGAGUACGUCACCGGCGGCGAACUUUUUGCUAAGGUUUUGAAAGGGAAAUUGAAAGAAGAUGUAGCGAGGAAGUAUUUUCAGCAAUUGAUUAGCGCCGUCGAUUUCUGCCAUAGCCGUGGUGUCUCCCACCGUGAUCUGAAGCCGGAGAAUUUACUGUUGGAUGAAAAUGGUGAUCUGAAAGUAACAGAUUUUGGGUUGUCGGCGUUGCCGGAGCAGUUAACGAACGACGGGUUGCUUCAUACACAGUGUGGAACACCGGCUUAUGUUGCACCGGAAGUUCUCCGGCGAAAAGGGUACGACGGCGCCAAGGCGGAUAUUUGGUCUUGUGGGGUGAUUUUAUAUGUUUUAUUAGCCGGGUUUCUUCCAUUUCAAGAUGAAAAUAUCAUGCGCAUGUAUAAAAAGAUCUUCAAAGCCGAAUACGAAUGUCCGCCGUGGUUUUCCGCCGACACACGGCGGUUGAUUUCCAAAAUAUUAAUUGUGGAUCCGUCGCGUAGAAUCACAAUUCCGGCGAUCAUGCGAUUACCAUGGUUCUUGAAAGGAUUUCAAAGACCACUUGCGUUUUCAAUCAAAGAAACCGAAGAUCAGGGAACAGAAACAGAACAACUCCCAAAAUUGAAAUCAUCGCCGCCGUUCUACAACGCUUUCGAGUUCAUUUCAUCAAUGUCUUCCGGGUUCGAUUUAUCAAACAUGUUCGAGAGUAAACGAAAAUCAGGAUCUUUAUUCACGUCAAGAUACUCUGCUUCCGCCAUUCUCAACAAACUCGAUUCAGCUGCUAAGAAACUGAACUUCAAGAUUUUGAAUUCAAAGCAAAACGAGUACAAAAUAAAGAUGCAGGGGAUCUCCGAGGGUCGAAAAGGGAAGUUGUCGGUGACGGCGGAGGUGUUCGAGGUGGCGCCGGAGGUUUCUGUGGUGGAGUUUUCGAAGUCAGCCGGUGAUACACUCGAAUACAAAAAAUUCUGUGAAGAGGACGUUAGACCUGCCCUACACGACAUCGUUUGGAAGUGGCAAGGCGAAGAUAACAAUACCUAGUUAACCGUAGAACAAACAAGCGCUUAAUUAUUAGUUAUUUCCCGCAUGUACAAACACGCUUUUUUUCGGGUUUUUACUAUUAGAGUAACUAUACAAUGAUACAACUUCUAAGUUCUAAA